CCAUACACAUUUGGAUAAAAGUCUCUACAUGUUCCAAACAUCAAUGUAAAAGACACUCAAUAAAUACACUCAUUACUCGACUUUGCCUAGUUGAUAAAAUACAAAAUUUCAACCAACUAUCACUAAUACCUUAAAUAAUAAGCAUACUUCUUCUUAGCCCAGAUAAGUCAAAGCAUGACCCAACCGGUAAUCCAAUAAACCAGCUCGCACAAAAAAGCGCAAUUACUCUCUUCCGACUCCAAUAAGUCAAAUAAGACCCAACAGAGACCCUAAAUUUGGGAAGGGCGCUCUUUAAGACAAUAAUAAUAAGACGUUUGUUCGCACGAGAGAGAAAGAACCUACCAAACAGCAUGGUCACUCGCCAAUAUGGCUCGUUAGAUUGAUGCUUGAAUAUUUUAAGUGAUUACAAAACUUGGAACCACUUAAAAGUACAAACAAAGUGUCAUAGAUAGACAUGUGCUUAACCAUUAUUAAAUACACUCAAGCUUUCAGAUACACCCCGAUACACCCAGACAUAACAUUAGUGACAUUUAACCUGAUUUACAUAGUAAAAAUAUGAUCAAAAAGUCUCUAGAGAUGACAUACAUUAAUACACAUUUUCCCGAAGCAAUCAAUAUGAAAUUAUUCCUAUCUUAGUCCGGCCAGCCCCUUCUGCCGGACCCCUAUUUCUCUCUCUUCAUAUUUUUCCUGAUAUCUUUCUCGAUAGUUUUCUUUCUUAACCGUCAUAAGCAAUUACCAAAAACCAACUCAUUCACUUAGUCUCCUCUAAUCCAAACCAUCUCGUACCGUCCCAAGUCUAGAUUUAUUGUAGUAGGCACUAACCCUCAACAAACUAUCGACCUAGUAAAGCAGGAUUAAACACUUCUAAAUCACAUAUGAAAUAUUUCAAAUAUCACAAAUAUUAAGAAUAAACUAAUUACUAUAGAUGAUAAAAAGGAAAACCCCUUAAAACUAGGAUUAAACUAAUUACUAUAUAAAAAAUUAGCUUUUUUUGUUUUUUUUUGUUUUAAAUGAAUGUGAUAAUGAGGUGGAAAAUUUAAAAAAUUAAAUUUAAACUUUUAUUACCUUUUGAUUGCCACAUCACACAUUUAACAGUCAAUUAUGAGAGUUGGCUACCACGUAGGAUAAAGUUGAUGGAAAUGGAGGGAGAGUGAUAUAGAUGAUAUGAGAGUAUAAAGUUAGUGAUCACAAAUGAAAUAAAAUAUUUUUAGUGGCCACAUCAUUUGACUGUUCGAGAGUAAAUGCUAAUGAGGGGUGUGUUUUCUUUUGUUGUUGGUUCACUAAAUUGAUGGUAAUAAGGGGGGGGGGGGGGGUUGUUUUUAGUACCCUCUUCAACAUGGUACGAGAGUUGGAAAAAUACCGUGUUUCUUUGUGACGGGGCCAUUUUUUUUGCCUGAUAAAGGUAGAAUGGGGUAUAAAGAGAAAAUGUUUGUCUCUCAUCUAAAACUUCGAUUCACUCUGAAUCAAAAGAAAAAUAGUUAAAUUAGGUACAAUAGGUAAUCGAUUUAAAAAAUUAGAAACACUUAAUUGAGAAUGGUUGAUCGAAAGGUCUUGUGUUCGAAUUUCGACGACGUCAUUUCUUAAGUACACGGUAUUCAGAUUUGUGCAAACUUCAAUUUCCGUAUAACUGACUUUCUUAUGAGGGAGCGUGCUAAUAAAUGAUAUAAGAUAUAUUAUUAAGCCUCUCCCAACAACUCUUGAUAUUAAACUGUUCUUAACAAAGAUGUUAGAGAGUGAUAUAAGAUCCAACAUAACCUUCUCCCAACAACUCGAGUUUUUGGGACCAACUGGUUUAUGACAUGAUAUCAAAGCUGGUUUGACCAAGUGGUCGUGUGUUCGAAUCUCCACGGCCCCCAAUAUUAACAGUUCUUUUCAAGCACAUGGUAUGGUGGCCUGUGCAAACUUCAAGCCCAUGAGUUGGCUUUCGUUUGAGGGUGCGUGUUAGAGAGUGGUAUAAGAUCCAGCAUAACCUUCUCCCAACAAACUAAAUCACAAACAUGGAUUAAUUAAAAUGGGUGAUUUAAUGCCGAGUUUAAGGGAUAAAAAAUGGAAUAUAUUUUGAGUGGUCAGUGUCUAACUAUCUAUCUAUCUAUACUAUAUAUUAUGACAAUUCAAAAGCAAUCUCUUGCCACAUAAGCACUUGAAGGAUCCACAAUUUGUCAAGUUGGACAACUUUUUUACAAACAAAAAAAUUAGUUAUCAUUGUAUUUAUGUAGCUACCUCUAUCUUCUUUAAUAUUUUCAUUACUUUUAUCCAAUUAUUCCUUUUCAUUUAUCUAUUUAUUCUUUUUGGUUUUAAUGAUAAGUUACAUGUUGAUAAACUUAACCAAACACACAUAAAUAAUAAUUUUUUUGUCAAGUAAAAAAAUAUAAAUAAGAAAACAGAGAGCGACAUAUUUUAUAUUUUUUUUAAAUAAAAAAUAUAUGAUUAAACCUUAUGAAGUAAAUUUUCUACUCAUUUUUACUAAAGUUGAAUGAUAAGUUACAUUUUGAUGGAAAAAUUAAACAAACAUAUACAUAAAUAAAUAAUAUUUUUAUCGAUUAAACAAAAUAUAUACGAAAAGAGAGAAAAUAAAUAUUUUACAUUCAAUUACCUUUGAAAAAUAAACUAUAUUACUUUAUAUUUUGUUGCAAUGAAACACUCUUUUAUUUGUAAAGUAUUUGUCUAUAAAAUAAAAAAAGUAUUAUUGAGCCAAAAUGUCAGAGUAUAAUCUUGAUCGAGUAGUUAUAGUUAUUUAUUUAAAAAAGACUUCUUAUUCAUUUAGAUCAUGUUCUACCCUAAACUACUCAAAUGAAGAGCAAUCACAUGUGCAAUAAUUUUAUAAUGUGGCCUAUGUUUACAUUAAUAAUAUUUGCUCUAUAUAAGGUUGAUUGAACAAACUCUAUUGAGGUCCUAAGUCGUAUGCUAAGAAAUUUUCUUUCAGACUUAGAGUUAUCGUUGACAAUUAUAAAUAAAAAUGUUCAAAAUGACUUAAAUAUGAUUGUUGACGAACUUUGACUUCAAACCCUAGGCUAAGACACAAGAUUCCUUGAAAAAUAAAACAUAUGUGAAGGUUAGAGAAAUCUUUGUUGAGAAUCUACGAUAAACAUCACGUUUUAUCAACUACUAACGUAGACAUUUACCAAAUAAAGGUUGGCAGUUUUUAGUGAGAUAGUCAAUUGGGAUAAACAUAUUUAUCCAAUAAUCUCAACUUCUCACUAAUCUUUACAACAUUGGUCGAGAGUUUGUCCAAACUCGAGGAUCAUGAAUGUGUAUUAGAUUUCCAAAUGACCUAAAAUUCCAAUCUCUUUCUGGUGCUAAAUGCCUCUGAUCACAACCAUAGGUGCCAAAGAAAAAUGAAAAGAAGCCCAAAAAUAGCAAAAAAAGAACAUAACCUUCGCUAUGACGAACAUAAGAAAACCAUAUCAAGCUAUGAUCCUAUCAUCCCUACCCUUUUAUUCUCCAUAAAGGGGGCGGCGGGAAAGGAUAAGAUAUAAAUAGCAGAAUCUUAGGAGUUGCCUCUUUAUAUAUUACAUAUAGAAUGAUAGACAACCCCAACGGUUGUCUGUUGUUAUGUGGGUAAAAGCGGGAUCUCUAUCCCGGGGAUGGGGGUAGGCAAGUAGUACUUUUAAUAUGAGUAUUAGGCGAGAUAAGAUAGGUUUGACGAAAUAUCUUAAUAAUUUUGAGUCUACUACACACACACACACACUAUAUAUAUAUACAUAUAGGUGGCUACUUCGGUGCACUCACUUUUAUGGGUGCACUCAGUGCACCCAUCUCUAAAAGUGUCCAUAAUACCUCAAAUUUUGAACUUUAAUUAGUACUCUCAAUCUAACAUGAUGAUAUAACAUAGAAUCAUAACAAAUCAAUCUAUUACCCUAACCCCUUAACCUUCAAUUUUGAAUCCCUAUGCAAAAUCGCAAAAUGUAAACCUAAACCCUAACCCUAAACCCCUAAAUCCUAACUCCUUCAAAUUAAAGUAAAUCUUAAAUGAUUUUUUUUUGAAAUUUAGGUGCUUAUUGUUCAUAAUAUCAUAAACAACAAUUGAUACCAUUUUGACAUGAAUCACAUACUCAGAAUGAUGAUUAUGAGGCGGGUGCACUGAGUGCACCCAAAAAAGUGGGUGCGCCGAAUACGCCACCAUAUAUAUAUAUAUAAUAUAAUAUAAUAUAAUAUCAAGGUAUGCUAUACUUUUGAUUUUUCGCUAGAUACGAUAGAAGAUAGGUAUGAUGAAGUAUGUGCAUAAAUUAGAGGUUAGAGAAUUAGGGAUUGGAGUUCACAUAUUAGAGGUUAGGGUAUAGUAUCAUGCCCCAAAAAACUCAGGUUAAUUCGAGGUUUAAAUAGUAAAACUCAAUGGUCGUAUGGUAGUGUGAAUGCAAGAGUAUAGCGUACUCUUGGCCCACGCUCGCUUGAACUAUAUAUAUAUAUAUGUGGUGGUAUAUUCGGUGCACCACUUUUUUGGGUGCAUUCAAUGCAUUCGUCUCAUAAUCGUCAUUCUGAGCAUGUGAUUCAUGUCAAAAUGGUAUCAAUCGUCGCUUAUGGUAUUAUGAACAAGAAACACGUGAAUUUUCAAAAAACACAUUCAAGAUUGUCUUUAUUUAAGGAUUUAGGGAUUUAGGAUUAGGUUUAGCGUUUAUAAUUUGGGAUUUUGGGUUUGUGUUCAAAAUUGAAGGUUUUGGGGUUAGGGUAAUGUAUUGAUUAGUUGUGACCAUAUGUUAUAUCAUCAUAUCAGACUAAUGUUACCAAGUAAAAUCCAAAAUUGAUGUAUUCGGGCUACUCUUAGAGAUGGAACGUGACAAUGACAUAAUUUAUUAUUAGAAAACCGAAGCAUCACAAGUGAGUGUGCUAAAUAUUGGAAAUUUUCAAUAUAGACAUACUACAAACUGUGUUAUGAAUCAAGAACACAAAAUAUUAGAAGAUCCAAAUGAUUUAAACAUAUAAAUUAAUUAAUAUAAAUUAUAAAAUAAAUCUCUCCGACCAACGUGUCGGGUAAAAAGCUAGUUUGGUUAUUAGUAGUGUUUUGGUAGAGUAGUAUUUAAAAUCAUUAAUAGUGUUUUCAUUCAUUAUUCAACAACGUAAUAGUGUUUUCAAGAUAGUAGUGUAUCUUAGAAGAAUUAUAGUCCAUCCAAGGAUAGUGUUUCUUCACAAUUGUAGUUGUUUUUGCAAAGAAGUUGAUUUGCUGUUUUGUACAUAAAGUUAAACCAAUAGAAAAUAGAAUUUAUUACUACUACAUAAAAACAUAUUAUUCUGCUACAGAGUACAGAUACUCAGAAAACACUACCAUAGAAAUGGGAAACACUACACAAAAAAUGAGAACCACUACUACAAACACACAAAUCGGUACUACUAAAAAAAUCACUGCUACUUCCCAACACAAAUCGAAUCGAAUUUAUUACUACUACAUAGUAAACAUACUAUUAUGUUGCACAAACUCUAAAAACACUACCAUAGGAAUAGAAAACACUACCCAAAAAUUGACAACCACUACUACAAAUAAGCAAUCACUAGUUCACUACUACUAAAAAAUAGCUGCUGCAUCCCAAAACUUUCUUAUCUCCUCGCCUGCACAUUACCAGUUCACGAGCCUAGCACUGAAACAAAAGAACAAAACAAAAGCAUCUAUUAAGGGGUCGUUUGGAGAAUGGGAUUUAGGCCGUGGAUUCAUUAAAUCCGUAGAUUUUGUAAAAGCUAUGUUUUUUUGUUGCUUUUUGUAUUGUGGAUUUUAGCUUUAGAGAUUUCAAAUCUCUAAAAUCUAUGGAUAUCAAAUCUCUCAUAAUCAGAGAGAUUCUAUAUCUUGAUUCAUGAGAUUUUUUUUUCUCCUACCUUUUCUCUUUCUAUUAUUUAUUUAUCAUAUUAAAUAUAUUUACUAACAAAGUUUUUAAUAUUUCUCGAACUACUCUAUUUUUUCAUUAAGGAUAAACAUGUUAUUUAAUAUAAAUUUUUUAUUUUUAUUACCAUUGAAUGUUAAACAAUCACAGCUACCAAACAAUAAACAUUUUAAAAUCUAUUUUCAACAAUCCGAAGAGUUAGAAUCUUUAGAUUGUUUACAAUCUAUAGAUUUAAACUCAUAUUCUCCAAACGACCUCUAAGAUCAAUUGCAUCUCCGCAAAUCGCUACACACAAAAAACCUCCAUACCCAUUCAAUUGUAAAACCAACAAAGUUGGGGAAAACUAUAAGCUUAAAAUACUAACAAAAUACUACCAAUUUUUCAAAGCACUCAUAGAUGAAACAUACUGUUGAAUGGAACAAACAAAGUUAAAAUGAAGAGCACAACAUUAUAAUUCAUUGGGAAACCCAACUAUAAAACCUACUAGUGCCCAUAAAAUUCCUAUCACAUCAAAUCAAUAAAUUAUGAAUCACGACAUCAAGCUCUCCUUAUAACACUACUACCCUGGUGAAACCCUACCCAUGUCAAUAUAAUUUCUAUGAAACCAAAGCAACAGAUGAGACAAGCGGACCCCAAAUCUCGAAUUCUAGAGUUGGAAAACGCUACUACGACGCAACAAAACCCUAUCCCUCCUCUCAAUCCCAUGAAACAAAAUGCUAGCCCUCCUCCAAACAAGAUGGACAAUCAGUAUCCAAAAACUGAGAAAUGAACUGACACAGAAAGAAGACAUGCAAGAAACCCACUGAUCAACGAGUCCGAAGAACAAACCGCUUGUAAACUCAGGCGAGAUUGAAUUCGUAGACAGAAACGGCGGCUCGAGCGAGCCUGAAUUCGACAACGGUCAGGCAUAAUCUAUAGACGCAGGUGUGAGAUGUUCGUAUGAUGAAAGAAAACAGAAGAACGAAGAGGAAAAGGCGCAGAAUGCAGAAAACAAAAAAUGUAAAGAAAUUAAAAAGGAAAAGAGGAUUAUUGGGAACCCAACCCACCCACGAAAUCCGCACAAAAGCCUGAGAUCAUGUGAUGACGUCAUAGACAAUGCUUAUCUUCCCAAAACACCCCUACGGGCAGAUAACUAUUAGAUUAGGCCAUCUCAUCACCGUGCUAACUCAAUACACAAUUAGCAAGCCAUCCCAUCCCAUCCCCACAAGGGAACUAUUGUUCGAUGUAAGAUCUUAACAACAACCAGAUUUUUCCUCGAGAACUUCUCGUUGCUAUAACUUCUUGGCGGGAACACGUAAAUGCAUGCAGGAGCUUGGGGAUUCUAAGAUGAUAGUACCUACGCGAUGUUGCUUCAUUCAUUGCCAAGGAAAUCAGGCUUCGCUUUAAUAUCUCAAGACACACUUCUGUGAAUGACUUGAAGUGGUAUAUAUAAUACUAGCAUGCCCCGGUCAUUUGGCCAGAGGAAGAGGUAUGAAAUUUGAUAAUGUAAUGGGGUGUAUAGCUUAUUGUUGUAUAUUUUUUUUUUAGGAACACGUGAUAAAAAUAGUGAAUUUUAGUAGGAAAGAGACAUGAAUGACGCAACGAAUCAAAAAUCAGCCUUAUGAACCAAAACCAAGUACCUGUUACCUUGUGAAACAAUAUUGUUUCUAGUAAUAUGAUGAGGUGGAGUAAGUUUUAUAGAAACCGAAUUCAAGAAAAUCGAAUAAAAAAUCGCCUAUCUCGCCGGUUUUCGGGAAAUGAGCAUCUCACAAUCGUUGCUAGCUUUUACUCGGCCCGUUGGCCGAUUAAUUUGCUUUAUAAAACUUUCAUCUUGCCAUCAUUAUGUCUGGUUUUUUGCCAAGCCAUGAUAAAAUCUAAAGAAAUAAAAAAUGAACAACACGUUUUGGGAUAGGAACCACCGUUCCUGUAUCCCUGGAAAAUGGUGGUAAACACGGACUCACCUGCCAAACUGGUUUGGAUCGAGAUUUUUAUCGGGUAUCAGGGAACCAUGUGAUUAUAAACUAGCAGUGUUAUUAAAGCCGAGCCGAGCCGCUCGGCGCGACUGGUAAAACCGCCACCCGAUCAAAAACCGGCUCGAAACCAUUCCGGUUUUAUGUAGCGGUUGGCGAGCGGCCAAGGUGGUUAACCGCUCGAGCUGAUCGAGCCACUCGUCCGGUUUUUGCCAUUCAACAGUUAAAUUUAAUUAAAAAAAAUUGCAGAAAAUUGAAAAUUGAAAUAAACCAAAAACGACGGGCUCUCAAACUGAAUCCUAAUUUCCAUUUCACAAUUUCGAAGGAAAGAGAUGAGCUCUGAUUAAGAAAUCUCCACUAUUUAUACUGAUAACGUUUAUUAGGUACCGGUUCUCUAACGGUUUUUAAACGGUCUAAUAUCGGUUGGAUCACUAAAGCGUGAGCCUUUCGCAUUAAUGGAUCAUGCUCCGGUUCGGUUUCGACAACAUUAUAAAUUAGACUUGAUCAAAAUGGGCCAAAACUUGAAAUUCAGCCUGUUUGACCGACCCAUGCCAACUCUAAUUAUUCUUAACUUUUAAACUUUCUAUUUGAAAAAAAAAUAAUAAUGAAAGAAAAGAGAUGACUGCAAUUCGCCAUUUGCACAUCACUGAUUCGGGAAUAAAACUAUAGAAUUUCGAAAGGAAAAUGAAAAUGUUUAGGAUCGUUUUAAUGUUAUAAAUAACCAAAUAUAUCUUUUUGUUUAGUUUUUUACUAACAAAUACCAAACGAUUCCUUAUAAUAUACACUAUAAUUUAAUCAUUAUGAUAUCAAAUAAUAUAUAUUUGAAAUGAUAAAAAUUGGACUAAUUGGGUUGGUUGAGGUUGAACCAUUGAAUAACUUUAAAAUACAUUAUAUUUUAGCCACUAAAAUAUAAAAUAAUAGCAUAAUAUAUAUUAUGCUAGAAAAAAUAGCUUGUUAUAGAAUGACAAACUCAUGAUCUUCAUUUGUUUUACUUGAUGGGCAAAUCCCGUGUAGGUCAGGCCCAUUCAACUCUUUUAUUUUAUGAUUAGUGGUUAGCCCAUUAGAAUCUAUGCAUUAGUUUAUUGUUAAUUUUUUUUUCUUUUUAGCAAUAAAAGGAGUAUUGUUUUUGCCUUUUCAUAUAUAUUUUACAACCACAGAGAAAUAGAAUGACGCGGUUAUUCCAAGAGAUCCACAAAUUAGAAACAAAAAUCAUUGGCAAUUUAGAACCCUAGUUAAACCCCAAUUGGAUCGAUCGGAAACUUGGAGGGACGAGGGAGGACGCUACUUUUCCUUUUCUUCUCUGCGCCGACUACCAAUCUCGAUCCAUCUUCUUCCUUGUCUUUGGUUCCAAAACAUGAAAAAUUCCAGCGGCGGCGAGGGUGAGUCACUCCCCGCCGGCAGAGAUAUGGACGAGGAGGAGGAGGCGGAGCAGCAGCGAGCCAUGUUAUCCCGAGCAUCCUCCAAGGACGCGGAAUGGGCCUUGGGGUUUCUGGGCCCUGAAGAAGAAACCUGCCCUCCUUGGAUCGUCACCCGAUUGAUAGACCUCAGAGCCGUGGGCCACCUCACCGCGCUCAUCGAAACCAACCGACUGGACCUCAACCAGCUCAUCCCCGCCGACACCUGGUCCGGCCGCCGACUGAGGCCGAUCCAUUACGCGGUUCGGGAGAGGUUCCCGGAUCUGAUCGAACUGUUCGUUCGCCACGGCGCGUCUCCCAGCGCCCUAGCCCCUAGCUACGAGUACGGUGAAUUCUGUACAAUCCUUCCCAUCGAGUCCUUGCUGCUCCGCAUCGACGACAUACGGGGAAAACUGGAGACGAGGGUUACCGAUUUCUACCCCACAACCCUCUCGGACCUCAUCUUCUGGGUUACCUACGCGUUCAUCCGCGACGGGCCCGACACUCGGGCCACACUCAAGCUGAUGGGCCGGAUCACCGACCACGGCCCACUGGAGGCCCGGAUCCUGUCCUACGCGCGGAACGGUUGGGCCUGGAGGCUGAUCUCCCUCCUGCUGGCGUUGCCGGGCCGAGUCCUCUCCCCGACCUUCCUCCGCUGGGGCCUGCCUUCCAACCCUCGGUUCGCCUGCUUCUCUCUCCGCGACUUCCUGGCCGCCCAGCUCGCUUACGUCACCGCCGUCCGCCUCGCCGACGUCUGGCGCCAGAGACGACCCGACGAUGGUCGUGGCGACGGUCUCCGCAAUUAUUUGGAGAAGGUGAAGAUUCCGAUCCUCACUGAAUCCCUACAGUUGCUUGAGGCCUUCGAGAGGGCCGGCCCGCGCGGCGUCUCCGCCUUAUUGGACGCGGCGGAGACGGAGACGGAAGAGUAUGUCGACAUCGAGGAUGCGCUCAGGGCGGCUGGCUUAUCUACGCCUUUUCUCCGUAACGGCGAGUUGACUUGGCUGCGGCUGGAGCAUACAGAGCCCGACUAUAUUUGGGCUCCCCUCAGAGAAGACUAUCCGGAGCUGGAGUUCUUCACUCGACCACCACCAAAUCUCGCCAUAAGUCAAAUCCUUGAUUCCGAAUUCAGCAAGGCUAUCCAGGUGUUAUGCUGCCAUUCUUUUCUGAAGGAAUGGACAAUACGGAAGCCCAUUUUCAAGUUGCUUUUCAUAUUUUGCCACCCUGAAAUGGUAGAAAAGAUGCAAUGCAUGGCAUCUUCCUUGGAGCUGCUUAAAGAUGCUGGGAAAGCCGGCGACCCGGCCUACUUCGCAGAGCUGUGUUUUGUGUACAUCACAGAGGGGAGAAUCGUCGAGUUCACAGCUGCUCUAAUGGUCGGGCGGGUGCUUCUCAAAAUGGAUUACCCACUGCGUCCUCCUCAACUCAUCAUGCCCAACAACAUUAAUAAUGUGGAGGAAGGUCUUGAGAGUAGCAGAGCACCUUCAUCAUCAGCAACCUGCAGCAGUCCUACUCUGUAUGAACUGUUACUCCGUCCUUUGAUGACAGUGCUUGACCAGGAAAUCAGCUUCCUAGGGGAAAGUAGCGAGAGUUGCGCUGUUCAGGCUUGCAAGCAGAAGAAGUUGAUGAUAUCAUAUGCUUUCCGCUUAAUCAAGAUAUUUGAAACGUCUGCACAACAUAUUCGUUCCUAUCUUCACUCACAAAGAUACAAGGAAGUUAGUGAUUUGAAGAUGAUAGUAGGCGACGUUGCUUCUCUGCUAAUGGACUCAGGCUUUGUCGUAAAAGCUCGACAUAUUCGUGUGGAUGAUCUGAAGUGUUUCUCAGGUGCAUCAACAGCAGUCAGCAAAACUCGGUCGAAUGUGCAGAAGAAGGAAGUAAUUAUUGCUGGAAUUCCAAAGCAAAUAAUGCCAAGCACAAACAUCGGAUCAUCUUGCUGCAGGGAUGGUUCAUCCAUCAGCAAUCAGUUAAUGGCACGGUCUUAUCGCUCAUCAUCCCCAUCAUUUGGGUACAUAGGAUUUAAAGACAUCUCGGUGACUUCACGACAUGGUGUCAGUUUGAGAAAUACAAGGGCAGAUCAGUCAACCAAAUUGUUUGUGAACCCUAUGAUAUUAAGGAAGGGCUGGAGGUUCACGACGAUGAUCAAGAAGAUACUGCUUUGACCAAGAAGAAGAUUAAAGAGAUUGCUUAUAAUAUUACUCGUGACAAGCUCAUUGCUUUAAUUUAUGGUGGUGGCAAUUGUGUAGGUAACUUGAAAUGAACAUGCUUAGACCACUACUAGAUUUUGUUAGGAAAUACAUAAGUUGCAGUAUGAUAGAUUUAGUUAUAGAAAUGAUAUAUUUGAACAAAUCAAAUGAACAUGUUUAGAUAAUUGAUGUAUUUCGUUAUAUUUUUCUCGUAAAUUUUUUGCAGGAAGGUUCUCGAGAUGAUGGUGGUGGUGGGCGUGUUGAUUACACCAAAUUCUUCACAAGAGAUCAUCUUUUUAUGAUACAAGCUUGUAGAGCAACAAAGGAGAUCGACCUAGGUAUAGGGUUUUCUUCAUAUAGGGGUCAAUCAAGAAAAUUGAUGGAGAACAUAUUGAUAUGGAUUACAACCAUGACUAUAUAUAUGAUCAAAUCUUAUACUCGGAUCCGAGGCAAGCAAUAAAAAGAAUUCAAAGUCAAGCACAUUGGGCUGCCAUUUUUGAGUGGCAGUGCAAGCAACAUUGGUAUAUGGUCAUUGAAAGUGGAUAAUUGAUGGUAUUAUGACAAAGAUAAACAUGGUGAGUCGAGGGGAUUUAUUGUCACAAAUCGAAACUUUAUUCUAAAGUACGUAGCCAAACGAAUGAUCUUACCAGAGGCAUGGAAAAUUGACAUUAGGGAGAUGGAGGCAAACACAUACUAUAGCGAGAAAAAUGAGGGAUUUUGUUAACGCAAAGUACGAUGCUCGUCUAAUGCUGUAACUGAGUCGAGUCGAGCAGAAUUUUGACCUAAUUUGAGUUCUGCUCGUUAAUAAACAAAUCGAGUUCAAGUUCGGCUUGUUUACUAAAACCUUACCUUGUGUUUGAAUCAAGCUCGACUCGACCUUGGCUUGUUAAUGAGCUCACAAACUCUACUCGAGUGUUGCUCGUCAAUCAACUCGUGAGAUCGGGUCUCAUCUCAUAUUAUUAUUUAGUUCCUAAAUUUUAAUUGUUUAUAUUAUGUUAUUUAAUAAUAACUAGUAUCUAAACAAUCUAUGAUACAUAAUGUGUCUUUACAAAUAUAAACAAGACAUAUUUGGUCAUGUGCUCAUAUUCUUAAAUAUUAUAUGUGAUGGUAUAUACAAUCUCUCAAACCUAUGAAUUAUCAAUAAGCCAACAGAUUAACCAUUAAUCAAUUCUCCAUAAGUUCCUAGUCUAGGACGUUCGCUAGCCAUACUAUCAAAUCAACUUAUAGUUAAAAAAUGAGCUAGCACAGGAGUUGAGCUCAACAAGCCACUUAGUCGAGCUGGAUCGCGAGUCUUCCAAGCUGAGCAAGGUGAAGUUUGAGCUCGACUCAUUAGUAAAUGAGCCAAGUUUUGAAUGAUUUUUUCUCGAGCCGCUCGUGGACAGGUUAGCUCAUUUGCACCCCUACGCUCAUCACAAUAUCAAUCCACAAUAUCAAUCCACUUUUAGUCACGAGGGCUGGGUUGACAUGUGACCUAUGCAUUGGAAAUUGAUAGGAGCUCAACAUCUCUGCUACUUUGUUGAGUGUGAAUUGGAUGUUGAGCAUCCUCUUAUUAAUAUCUUCCUUUGUCACUAUGAGCACUUGGUAAUUUUUUAUUUAUUUUGAUAACAAGUAGAAAAAAGUCAUUGGUUCAAGUAGAACUAUCCAAUCCAUGAAUUAGAAACAUUAGCUUGUCUACGAGCAUUAAAAAAAUGGAAACUUGAAUUAUUAUCGACAAGGUUUGAACUUCAAAUCGAUUCUAAAUAUGUAACAGGUUUUUGGAGGUACAAGCUACAAGCAGAUUUCAACAAAGGGAGAUUAAUCAG